ACGACACUCCAACCUCCUCCUUUCGACCCACGCCCGCCCGCCUGCACCGCGCCAGCGCGUCUGCACGAGACGCGCACCUGCCCGUUAUUUGUCGCGCCUGCUCCAACCGUCACAAUGGCUUAGCGCUCUUUUCCAUAUUCACCCACUUGCUCACCCGGGCAUCCCCACGAACUCGCGGCAACGGCAGCGACCCACAGCCCUUCAACCCGCGUUUUCCCACACCAUCACGAACCCCACGACUGCCAAAGACACUCUAUAUACCUGUUAGCAGUAUUCGCACCCUAAGCGCGGCAUCCCUGGAGUUCAAAGGCGCGCUCCACCUUCACCACAGCCCAUCGAACCUUCCCACGACACCGGGCUGUCGCUUCCUCCUAUUCAAUACCCAGCAUUCACGCCAGGAUCCCCCCUCACCCCUCACGUGCUCUUCACCAUGGACUACUGUACGCUAGCCAAUGAGCCCAGCUCGCCGCUGAGCUCGCUUCCUUCCUGUGAUGGCUCCGAUUCAGAGGUUUCCUUUCUCUCCCGUUCGCCCACACCACCUGACAACGUCACCCUGCCCUUCGCUCCACAGCGCGCCUACAUGUCCCCGUCGUCUUCCCGACGCACCUCUGCAAAGUCCUCCCCUGCGCCCGAAGACAUGCCCUCUCCACCUUCCAGCAACGACGACGACCAGCGCCCACGCAAGAGGAGGAAGAUGGCAGAUUCAAAAGAGCGCACAGCCAACUAUCUUGACCUGUCCAGUCCAGAAGUCACCGAGGACCAGCUACCGCAGCUGCAGCGCUUGCUCAACGUGCUGCACAAGAAGCGGAAGAUUGUCGUCAUUGCAGGUGCGGGCAUUUCCGUGUCUGCAGGUAUUCCCGACUUCCGCUCAGCCACGGGCCUGUUCAACUCGCUCAAAAAGGAACACAAGCUCAAAUCCUCGGGCAAGGACCUCUUUGAUGCCUCUGUAUAUCAAGACGACACAUCCACAUCCACGUUCCAUGACAUGGUGCGCACACUAUCUCAACACACAAAAUCUGCGCAGCCCACCGCCUUCCACCACCUCCUCGCAACUCUUGCCCAGGAAGGCCGCCUGAUGCGACUAUAUACCCAGAAUGUUGACGGCAUCGAUACAUCCCUUCCCCCCCUAACUACCCAGGUUCCUCUACCAAAGAAAGGCCCGUGGCCCAAGACUGUGCAGGUGCACGGAGGCCUAGAUCACAUGGUUUGCUCCAAAUGUCAUACACUCUCUCCUUUCGACGCCGACAUGUUCAACGGCCCUACACCGCCAGCUUGCCCCAGCUGCGUGGAAACUGAUGAGAUCCGUCAAGUCGCCGAGAAACGAAGCCACGGUAUUGGGCGACUCCGCCCUCGCAUGGUGUUGUACAAUGAGCACAACCCAGAUGAUGAGUCCAUUGGCUCUUGUGCGACCUACGACAUGCGCAUGCGGCCUGAUGCUGUCAUUGUAGCGGGCACCACAUUGAAGGUCCCUGGUGUACGACGGAUAGCCCGCGAAAUGUGCAACAUCGUUCGUGAUCGACGAGACGGCGUUACAGUAUGGCUCAACAAUGACCCGGAGCCUAUGGGCAAAGAUCUCGAGGACGUAUGGGAUUUAGUGGUCAAGGGACCCUGCGACAACGUUGCUCACCAUGCCAACAUGCGAAGAUGGGACGACCCUAUGGACUACAAGGUAGUCACAGACGAAGACCUUAGCAAGCUCAAGAAGAAGCAAAAGGCAGAGGUUGUCGUUGGCACCCCUAGGAGAAAUGGUGUCAUUCACAACGCAGGCCAGCUAACGCCUGGUCAAAGCCCACGCAUGCUCCCUCUGUCGAUGGUUAAACAGGAACCAUCCACACCGACAAAGAAGGGCACAAAGCGCAAGUCGGACGCGCAGAUGGAUCUCUUCGGGAAGGUUGCGACGAAGGCACCUGCGAAGAAGCCCAAAGCACAGCCGAAGAAGGCGACUGCCACCAAGAGCAAAGCGAAGAAAGCGCCGAAGAAGGAGAUACCCGUGAUCAACAAUGUAUUCAAGGCGACCAAGGGGUCUGCCCGGCCUGCGUCCAAGCCUUUUGCGAAAGCCUCCGAUCCUUCACUCACCAUCGUCGAAACAAAAGUCAGCACGCUACCACGGCCGACCACCACCAAGGAGAACACCAGCGAUUGUCUUCAUGUUGAGAAGAGUCGAACCCCGGUCACUCCUAACAAAAGCAUAAGGCUCACCAAGAUCAAACCCAAUUUUGUCAUGAUGCCUCUAUCGGAUGCGGAUAGCCGCAAUAACCAUACCCCGCAACGACCACCGAUGGAAACCUUUACGCCAGUCAAGGCUCGUACGCCCAGUGAGCAGAUACGGGAGGAGCUACAAUACUCGAUGAUCAGUUCGCCUACGAGCGACGGCCGCCCUUCAUCAGCCAGCUCAGAGCGACACAGAAUUGAGAGCCCCACUGGGCCACUCCCCAAGGGCAUGGCAAACCUCCUGCACUAGUUAUUCUAUUCUUCAUGCAUUCCGCGGCGUUGGUAAUACGAACUUCUUCAAGUCGGUGCUGCAGUCCUGUCUUGUAGUACGAGUGCAUACAAGGCGUCUUCUGUUUCAGUGGGAUAGCCCAUCAAUUGUACGAGUAGCUUUGCAUCUGGGGAUACGCAUAUCUUACUUCUUUUGGCUGCAUGAUACCGGGAAGACCCUAGUGAGCAGGGUUGGUGCUUUUGGGGUCUAAACAUAGAUGCAGGAUUGUGAUUUAUUAGGAGCUUCGACUCACCAUCAAUUCAUAUUGUUCCCUCUUACCUCA